CCGGGACCUUGCGUUUGCGGCUCACGUCUUACAACUUAUUAGGACACAGCUCCCCCCCUUUUACGGACCAUGUCCCGCGGUACUUGCCACUAGCCCUGGGCCUUCGAAAAACCUGACACUUUUUCCCAUUGAGCCUCACCCUCGCCACUACGGAUUCCUUGCGCGCGACGCGAGACCUGUCCUCCCAUGGACCUGGCAACUUCCAAGAGACCGGCGCCUUCGAUCCUCGAUGACCAUGGCCCUCCUGCGAAGAAACUCAAGGCCCUCCCCGAAGAGCCUGCGCAGUACAGCGAUGCGGUGCGCAAAAAGCUGGCGUCGACGUCUCGAACCGGACAGGCUUGCGACCGAUGUAAAGAGAGGAAGAUGAAAUGUGACACAGACCCGGUGGCAUGUCAGCCUUGUCGUCAGAAGGGUUUGCGGUGCUACACCACCGAUCGUGUCACCGGGCAAGCACGAGAAAGAGGAGAGUCACAUCGCGCCGAGAACGAGCUGCUGUUCUUGAGGGAGCAAUUGGCCGCCUACCAGCGCAGAUAUGGCUCGUUGCAGCGAUCAGAGUCUAGUGGUACCGUGCCGACAGCGACUCCCAGGAGUUCAAUCUCUCAGACCACGCCGCAUGCUACGUCUCCUACGUCAUCAAGACUUGACCCAAAAUACGUCGGCUGGCCUUCACCGGACCACUGCGAACCUCUCUAUUCUGGUCCGGUCAAGGGUACUGUGGUGGACAUCAUGGAUGGCGUCGUCGACAUUGCGGACUGGGAAUGUGAAAUGAUGGAAGAUUACCCCCCGGACAUGACGGGUAAAUUCAACCUCUCAAGGACGUCGAUUGUCAACACGAUUUGUGGAUAUCAACAUGUCGAGGAUCCAAAGUUGCCGCCCAAGGAAGAAGCCCUCCGAGAUGCCAACCAUUUUCUAGUCAUCAUGUCACAAUAUGUUCCGAUCGUCCACAGGCCCAGCUUUAUGGGCCUCGUGAACAGAUUCUAUGACCAGCCGCACACGUUGACUGUUGCUGAGCGGGUCCAGGUGUUGAUUGUCUUCACCAUCAUAGCUCACCAAACGGCCGUCAGGAACCAUCUACAUUCUGCAGAGAAGUUUGAAGACUCCCACCGCUAUCUUCACUACGCCCUUGGUCACUACCGCGAACUCCUCCAUGACGGGUCGCUUGCAUCGAUGCAGGCAAUGGCGCUGAUCAUUGUUCACUUUCGGAAUCUGCCCAAACCCGGUGUAUCCUGGACCUAUUGCCAUCAGGUCCUAGUGCGAGCCAUCGAAUUGGAGUACCACCGCGACCCUGACAAGAUCCAACUCCGCGAGGACGAGAACGAUCCACUCUCAAAGGAGCUUCGCAAAAGAGUCUUUCACUCAAUCCUGGGUGUCUGUGUGACGACGGGUUGCCGUGUUGGUUUACCAGCACCGUGGCAAUUCCAACAUAUCGACAUCCCCUUACCAAGGGCCAUCAAAGACUCCGAGAUAUCCAAGGACGGAUAUACUUCGGAGUUGUCGGGUCAAUGCGAGUUCUGGCCUUGUCUGCAUCUGGCAAAAUUACUACCCCUUCUUACCGAAUUGCACAACCACAUCAUAGCCGUGAGGAAGCCCGCAGUGGAAUAUCUCCAAAGCGUGGAAGCGCUCAACGCGAAAAUCAUCGCCUGGCGGCAAGAUUGGGACGAGUCAAUCAAAAACGAGCCUAAACAUGUCAAUCUCAGUGUCGCGACCCUUCUAUUUGAGACAUGGGCUGCCGAGUAUCAGCUAAACCUACAUCACCCGACAUGCUGUACGAGUGAUGAUCCUGAGGUGAUAGAACGUCAUCUGGACAUCUGUCAUAAGUCGGCCAAGCGCCUCUUACAAAGCUUUCACCGACUGUCAAGCAGAUACAAAGGUGUGGAUUUCACUUGGCAUUCCACAUUGGCAUAUGCCUCUGGAUUUGGCAUCACCCUGUAUGUAUACAAGAGGAAACGGGGACCGGUUACCCUUGAGCAAUUUGAGGCAAUGCGGAACGAACUAAAGGGUUGGACAUCGCUGAUGGCCUAUGCAGACCUCGUGCUGAAAACGGGCAACCAUUUGCAGAGACAAUUUCAGCCUCGUGUGCAAGCUCUCGAGGAUGAGUGUCGGAGACUGUUGGUUGAACAGCCUCCCAAGAGCAGUAACGCCCAAAGUCCAUUAACCCCAGUCAACCUUCCCAGCACCGGAGGGCCAGUGAAAGUCGAACAGUCGAAUACGCUUCUGUUCCAAGAACACCCCAGCCCCAACGCAGCGAUGCAUCAAAGUAAUCUUUCGCAAUCAAUGUUCAUGCCUUCCCAAGGGAUAUCUCAAAGCCACCCAACUUCUCCCAUAGCCCACCAACAGUCUCAGCGGCAAUGGGCUGGCACAUACUCGUUCCAUCCCCAACCUCUACCACCAGGACAGGGAUCCGGACAGGGAUCAGGUGUCACAUCACCCAUAUUUACGGCUUUUGCUCACUCUCCGAUUAAUGGACUCUCUACAUCUGUGUCAAUGCCGGCCAUCCCCACAUCCUUGGCUUCCCUGCUUAAUGACUCGGGAAAUCUGUACAUGAAUUAUUCCACACCACCGCAGAAUCACAACAGUCUCGGAGGAGUAGGUUUAGGAGGAGGCACCGAUCCACAGAUGACCUUCUCUCCGCACCAUUACUUCGACGGCCCAGGGCCAUUGGGCUGGCCGCUAAUUAGUAUGCCCCCAACUCAGGAGUCAUAAUGGAGAUAUUACCGAAAUGAUCGGCCUGCAGAAACGAAUGAGGUAUUGGGUUACGGCCGCUUGCGAGAAAGAAAACAGGAUUUCUCGAUGUGUCCCCGCGUGUAUUUACCCGACGAUGGACCCAAGAUUUUACCUGAUAUCGGUGCGUCUCCCUCGCCUGAUACCGUCGACCGAACAGGAUGGUCACAGCAGAAUCAAUAAGUACGCGGUUGAUUCAGUCUUCAGGAAAGAGUCGUCCGUCAAUCCGAAAAGAAGUAGAGCACUUCGCGUACGGACAAUAAGGCUAUUCAAUCCAGCGUUGCACUUAUCUCGUGUCUACCAGUAGAUCCAGAAUCUGCAGAAAUGGCUAUGUUUUCAAGGCGACGUUGCUCCGUCAUGUACGGAGUACGAUCUCCUCAAUUGGUCUUUCAGAGGACGCAGGAGGAGAGAGGACGCCGUCACAUUCGCGCUGCUCUCAGAUCAUUGGAUAGCAGCUGCUUUGAAAGGGCCAGUCAAUGCUGAUACGUCCUUCCCACUGGGGAACCCCUGGUGCGAGAACCGGCACAAGCCGAACCAUUG